GGAGGCCAAGCCCCGAGCGCCGCGGGAGGGCGCCAGCCAGGCCGCGGGCUCUUCUUGCUCGUGCUGAGCCCACAGGUGUUUCUUACAGAAGUUUGUAGUCGGAACUCUAUGCCGCGUUUUUAUUCAGGGAAGGAACAGGAAGAGAAGAGCGUCAUCCCCUAGGAAUCUGGCUCUGGAGAAACGAGGAAAAUUCUUUCAAGGAUGGUCUCCCACUCCGAGUUGAGGAAACUUUUCUGCUCGGCUGAUGCGGUGUGUUUUGAUGUUGACAGCACAGUCAUCAGAGAAGAAGGCAUCGAUGAGCUGGCCAGGCUCUGUGGAGUUGAGGACGCUGUGGCAGAAAUGACACAGCGAGCCAUGGGCGGGGCAGUGCCCUUCAGAGCUGCUCUCACAGAGCGCUUAGCGCUGAUCCAGCCCUCCAGGGAGCAGGUGCAAAGGCUCAUAGCAGAGCGCCCCCCACACCUGACUCCUGGCAUAAGGGAGCUGGUGAGUCGACUACAAGAGCGAAAUGUUCAAGUUUUCCUAAUAUCUGGUGGCUUUAGGAGCAUUGUAGAGCAUGUGGCUUCAAAGCUCAAUAUCCCAGCAACCAAUGUAUUUGCCAAUAGGCUGAAAUUCUACUUUAAUGGUGAAUAUGCAGGUUUUGAUGAGACGCAACCAACAGCCGAAUCUGGUGGGAAAGGAAAAGUUAUUAAACUUUUAAAGGAAAAAUUUCAUUUUAAGAAAAUAGUCAUGAUUGGAGAUGGAGCUACCGACAUGGAAGCCUGCCCUCCUGCUGAUGGUUUCAUUGGAUUUGGAGGAAAUGUGAUCAGGCAACAAGUAAAGGACAACGCCCAGUGGUAUAUCACUGAUUUUGUAGAGCUUUUGCGAGAACUGGAAGAAUAAUAUUGAUUUUUAUAUGGCUUAUAACAACUUCAGAUUAAUUUUUAAAAGUUAUGGAGAUUGAUACUGUUUGCUUACAGUUGCCUCUUACAAUAACUUGUUAAAUAAAACUGGUAAUGAUUAUUUGUACUCUCAAGUAAACUACAGUUAGGACUCCUAGAAGAUUGCCUUUUUUUUUAUUGUAUUUCCUGUAUUAUGACCAUCAAUUACCUGGAGAGUUUUAUAAUCUGAAUUCUUUAUAUGUAUUCCUAGCUAUAUUUUAUGUGAAGCCUUUUAAAGGUGGAUAGUAAAUUAAACACCUUCACUAUUGGAAAUAUGGA